GCGGGCUUAUUUUGUCGAUCAAACAAAAAUGUCCCAAACUUCUCUCCGAUAUGAUCAGUCAGACACAUCCAAAUUUAGGAGUCUCCUCCGUUGAUCCAUGAAACGACGACGGUACGCGAGAAGACGGUUGGUACUUGAACUUCUAGGGGCACUACUGGGUUGAGCGAGAGAGAGAGUGGGGCUUGGCUGGCCUUUUGGAAGGUAUAGCCGCCACCACUGGUCCACGCUGCUGAUGGCAAAGAAGCUGUGUAUCAUUGGCCGUUUUCGAGUAAAGAUGCUCGUUCGAAGUUUGACACGUUUUAUUCUGUUAAUGUGGUGUUUAUUGUUGGCAUCAUCGCAGAUCACAGAUCAGAACUAUGUUUCUUGUCCCGGAGGAGGAAUUUGCAUUCCGAGCUAUUUGUGUGAGAAUGGAACGAUCAAUACCAACGGGGAUGGGUUGAUCGAUUUACGGUUUGGUGGUGAAGAUCAGUGUCCGUUGGAUUUGGUGUGCUGUCGCGAUACUAACGCCGAGGAAGGAACAGGGGAGUGCAAUGCAACGUGUGUUGAAUUUUAUCAAUGUUUUGACGACGUUCACGAUAGUUUGAUGGAAAAAGAAAACUUAUAUUGCCCGAAUGAUAAAGUUUGUUGCAGAAAUGUUCGACAAAUUACUCCAAUCCAAAAAUGCAUGGGGCAAUGUGUUCCUUCCAGUCAGUGCUACAAUUGGAAUGAUAAAGAUCGAAUUGAUUUAAGAUUCGUUGAUGGAGAUUGCAACGAUGAGAAUUUGGUGUGCUGCAUGGAACCGGAAAUUACAAUUCCUCAGCUGGGAUCUGCUGAAUUAUGUAAUGGUAGGUGUGUACCACCCCAACAAUGCUCAAAUGUGACGAUGGAUGCCACAAAUUCUGACAUGAUUGAUUUGAGGCAAAUCGGCAGGGCUUGUCCAGAGGAUCUAAUUUGUUGCAGUGACGAAGUAAAACCAAAACCUACAUGCCAAGGAAUGUGUACACCUGCUUCUGAGUGCCUUAUUGUCAGUUCUACGCCAUUUGGAAAAGAUGCAAUAGACUUGAGGGAUACUAGUAACGGAUGUGACAGAGCUGGUUUGGUAUGUUGUAAAGAACUAAUCAAUCCUACGCCUUCUUCCCAGUCUGUAUGUGACGGCUCAUGCGUUCCUGUAUCACAGUGUGGCAUCACUAACGCCGGUGGUAAUGAAGACAUCGAUUUGAGGAUAUCUGAUAGCGCUUGCCCAUAUGAAUCGAUUUGCUGUAAAACAGAACCAAAACUAAUUCAAGCAUCAUGUACAUGUGUUCCUUUUCAUCAGUGUUUGGACGACAUGACGAAUAGCACGCACGUGGAUUUGAGAUUAAACACAGAACAAUGUUCUUCACAACAAAUUUGUUGCCAGAAAAUCAAACCAAUCCUGCAAGAACUAUCUAUUCCACAACCUGCUGAAUGUAGAGGAGCGUGCGUUCCGUUCCAUCAGUGUCAAAAUGAAACCUUCAAUACCGAUGGUUCUGGUAUUAUAAUUCCUCGCAGCUAUAAUGGUUGUACUGACGAUUUAGUAUGCUGCGAUGAUUUGUCCAAAACUUCUGAAAUUGUUGAUCAGCAGAUAUGCGAAGGUAGAUGUGUUCCUUCCGACGAAUGCCCUGGUGGAACAAAUAACAUAUUUGGUUUAGGAUUGAUCAACUUAAGAAGACGAUCCCAUAAUAUUUGCCAGGGAAACUUAGUUUGUUGCGUUGAAAGCCUCCCAACUACAGAAAACAACGUUCAAACUAUAAACAAUUGUAAAGGCAAAUGCGUACCAUCUGCCGAUUGUAACACAUUUAUCAAAGAUUCAAUAGAUGUGAGGAUUUAUGGUGAUUGUCCCAGAGAUUUGGUGUGUUGUGCAGCAACUGACCCAUCACCAGAAUCCGCACUCGUAACCACAAUCAAACCUGAUAGAAUCAAAUGUAACGGAUUUUGCGUUUCUUUGGAGCAAUGUGGUGAUCCCGCUUUUGAAAUGAUGAAUCAUAUCAUUGACCUACGAUUUGGAUCCGGUGAAAAUGAUUGCACCAUCGGAACGGUGUGUUGUACUAACCCGAUUCGAAAGUCCCCAGAAGAAGAACAAUGGUUGCACUGGAUUCAGGAUAUGAAUAACAUGGUUGAUCAUCAAGAUACCAAAACCAUUGACAAAUGUUAUCUUGAUAUUGAUCUACGUACUAAUAGAAUCCGACACGAUGAAGUUCCCUGGUUGACGACCAUUUGGAGAAGGAAGGAGUAUCUUCAAAAUUGGGAAACGGAGUAUAUAUGUGCUGGGGCUCUAAUUAGAUCUGAUGUUGUACUACUUCCUGCUGAUUGUAUUCAUGGCGACACAAGUGACAGGCUGUUAGUAAGAAUAGGAAAUUAUGAUUUGACGUCAACGAACGGUUAUCAGGAACAUCAUGUAGCUAAGAAAGUGAUUCAUCCGGAUUUCAACAAAGCAUUCAACACAGAUAACAUUGCUUUACUAUUCCUACGUGAACGAAGUGGAACGAAUCACCCCAUGGCAUGCAUAUUUGAUCCAAAUGAGGCAUUUAAUGACCGUGACUGCCUUGCCGUUGGAUGGAAUUAUCUUCACUUCUUGGGCACGGGCACUUCAUCGAUCGAGCCAAAUAAACAACACAUAUCCAUCCUUCGAUCACCAAACUGUCCUUUACGCACACUCUGCACUGCUGGAAGGGACCCGUCCAACCAAAGCUGUAACAGGAUGCAUGGCGCAACGGUAAUAUGCCCCGAUCGAAUGGGCCAGCAGAACUGGAAGAUUGUCGGCAUGGUACCAAAGAAUAACGAACGCUGUGACGUAAACGGUAUUCCCGAAACACUGGUUUCGCUACCACAGGUGGCACCUUGGAUCCGAGAGCAACUUUCACCCAGCUUUGUGCAGAAACCAGUUGACCUUGGACCAUCAAGAAAAUACUUGCCGGCUUUGUGAUGCCGGUGGGAGGUUCGAAGCAAAGGUCGAUGAACAUGGAUGGGUCUGGCCUUCUGCGUUGUUUCAUUGAAAGGAUGUUUUUCGAACGCAUUACAAUUGAAGACUGUAUACAUUGUCGAAACUUAUGGAAAGAAGAGAAAAAUCUGGAAUUUCAAACAAAUCUGUUUUGCAGUUUAGUACAGUGAGCUUCAAAAUAUUAUCUUUUUUUGUGUAAAGUGCCCGGAAAAUUGUAAAUGUAAUAUAUCUGGGAAAAAAACAGAGCUAUGUAUGUCUUACUAGCAAUGAAUAUUAAAUAGGCCAAAUUAAAUUUCAUCUAACCAAUCAUCGCAAAACAGUAAACAUGAGGUGCAAGAGCGUAUGGCUGAAAGCCUUUUUAUUAAAGAAAAAAAAGAAAAUAUCAUAAUAAUGUACAUAAAAACAUAUAAAACGAAAAUACUCACGUUCAAAUUUAGUCUGGAUAACACAAUUCACUAAGCAUUGUUGAUGCAUAGUAAAGUCUUUUCAUUUACAUGUACAGUUCUAUUAAUUAUAUGUUCGUUAGUGUAUCUUAUUAAAAACUGGUUGCAUCAUGAAUGCGCAAUGAACCACGCCAAAACUUAGUUCUUUAUAGAUCGAAUUCCGUAUGUUUUAUGUUAUAAAAGCCCACUAUAUGUUAUAACAGAAAACCGUUAACUCAAUUACUUCUCCGAAAGCCAUUACACCGACAUCAUUAACUUAUUUGAAUGCAAAACUGUUCAGUCAUCACUUUUUGUAUUAUUCCACGUUACGGCUGGCGCUCUACAUCUUUAGUCACGCUAAAUACUCGCUAGAGCUCGUUCCAUUGCUGAAUUGUUUUCCACCAUAUCUUUCCGGCUUUGGCGUUCUCCUGGAAUGCAAAGACCUCAUGGUUCAUUCUUCUCCGAUAAAUACGCACCGUCCCACUGCACACCGCCAAAGAUCAUCCUUAGCACUCGUCUCUCUAUUCUUUCCAAGUGCCUACAAGUCCUCCUCUACCAUUAUGGUCCAGGUCUUUUGAGUCAUUGGCCGUACAGGACCAUCGAUGUUAUAAGCGUUUUGUACAUGGUGCAUUUGGUGCAGGGAUGAUUUGUUUUUACUGCAGUUUCUGCUGGA